AUGCAGCUCAAAGUACUCACCCUUAUCAUGGCGGCUACGGCCAUGGCCGCCACCAAUGAACCCUGCUUUGGCGCAGACGGCAGGGCUGGUGUUUGUGUCUCGACCAGCGCCUGCUCUUCGGCAGGUGGUAUCACCAUCGCCGGUGGCUGCCCUGCCGACGCGGCCGAUAUCAAGUGCUGUACCAAAGCCUCGUGCUCCAACACGUCCGCCGGAAACUGCCGCUGGCAAAGCGACUGUGCCGGAAGUUCCGUGGCAAACCAAUGCCCCGGCCCGGCGCAGAUGAAGUGCUGCUCGUCGGCCGCUACUGGGUUCGGCGGAUACGCGGCGCCCGCUUUCCCGGCCGUCGGCGCCUGCAAGGCCGUCGCGGUGACCGGCGCCAAGACUCUUGUCGCUGCGUGGCCCGGUCGUGUGCGCCAGAUCUACUGCACCCGCGACUGUGCCUGCCCAGGCACCUCGGAUCACUGCUGCGGGAAGGCGAUUGACUUCAUGUGCUCGGACGGCGGUGGCAUUCCCACCACCUCUGGCCGUCAGCUUGCCGAGUGGGUGAUGAACAACCGCGCGACGCUCAACCUCAAGUAUGUCAUCUACGGCCAGAAGAUUUGGAACCCUUCCCAGGAUAGCGUCAAAGCGUGGACCAGCUGGCGUCCGAUGGAGGACCGCGGCGAUGUUACGCAGAACCAUUGGGAUCAUGUUCACGUUAGCUUCAACUGA